UUUUAUUGUUACUGUAGAUAAACUGCCUGGGUUAGUCAGGUUUGUGUGUAAAUCACACCCACUUUAAAACAUUCACUUCCCUGACAAGGAACUUCCACCAGCACAACUGAACAGCUAAGGAAUUCCCCAGAAGGAGGUUGUGAAAAAGAAAGAAGAUGCAUUCGGCUUUGGGGUUAUCCUUCCUGCUCCUUGCUGUGUCCUCCAAUUUUGCAAUGGCAAUCCAAAAAGAAAAAAGACUUCCACAGACAUUAUCAAGAGGAUGGGGAGAUGACAUAACUUGGGUACAAACUUAUGAAGAAGGACUUUAUCAAGCAAAAAAAAGUAACAAGCCACUGAUGGUCAUUCAUCAUUUGGAAGAUUGUCAGUAUUGCAAAGCACUGAAGAAAGUUUUUGCAGAAAACCAAGAAAUACAAGAAAUGUGUCAGAAUGAUUUCAUCAUGCUCAAUCUCAUGCAUGAAACAACUGACAAGAACUUGUCACCUGAUGGACAGUACGUACCUCGCAUCAUGUUUGUAGAUCCUUCGCUCACAGUGCGAGCUGACAUCACUGGAAGAUACUCUAACCGACUCUACACUUACGAGCCUCAAGACUUGCCAGUGUUGAUAGAAAACCUGAAGAAAGCCUUGCGUCUCAUUCAGACUGAGCUGUGAGUGGCAGCUGAGAGAUCAUCAUCAUCUCCCCAAGUUGAAACACUACAAUGAAAUCCACAGAUUUUUUAAAAAUAUAUUCUUAGGCGUUUUUCUCAAUUGA